AUGUCUUUACCAGAAGGAUGGAUACAACGGUUCGAUCCAAAUCACAAACGGUAUUAUUAUAUUGAUAUCAAAAAUAAGACAACCACUUGGGAUGAUCCACGCCAACAAGGAAAUGUUCAACUUCAGCAAAAACAAGAAAUAGUUAAUCCUGUUCCUGAUAGUCCGUAUCAACAGUCACCAACAAGUAUCCAACAACCACAACAAAUUAUUACUGCUAUGCCCGUCCCCCAAAAGGAUAUCCCUGUUGUAGAUGAUCAAUUUCAAAAACAACAAAUCGUUAUGCCCGUCCCCCAAAAGGAUAUCCCUGUUGUAGAUGAUCAAUUUCAAAAACAACAAAUCGUUAUGCCAGUCCCCCAAAAGGCUGAAGAUGAUCAAUUUAAAAAACAACAAAUUGUUAAUCCUAUUCCUGUUCCCCAAAAGGAUUUCCCCGUUGUAGAUGAUCAAUUUAAAAAACAACAAAACGUUAAUACUAUUCCUGGUGGACAUCCUGUCGAUGAUCAGUAUCAACAAACAAGAAGUAUUCAACAACAGCAGCAACAAAAUAUCGGUAAUGCUAAUCCCAUGGGUGGACAAUAUCAACAACAAAACCAAAAUAUCAUUAAUGCUGUUCCCAUGGGUGGACAAUAUCAGCAGCAACAACAAUAUUCUGCCCCCAUUGGUGGACAAUAUCAGCAGCAACAACAAAAUUCGGCACCCAUUGUCGUUAAUAAUGGUCAAUAUCAACAACCACAAGUCGUUAAUGGUGGUCAAUAUCAACAACCACAACUCGUUAAUGGUGGUCAAUUUCAACAACAAAUAAUUCAGCAUCAGCAAAAAACCGUAAUAACUAAUGUUAACCCUCCAGCUUAUAAUAAUGGUAUUCAACAACCGCAACAAUAUAAUCAAAUGACUGGAAAUUUUAAUGGAAAUCAAGGCAUGAUGCCUAAUCAAAUGAAUAAUGGUGGUCAAAUGACUGGAAAUCAAGGCAUGAUGCCUAAUCAAAUGAAUAAUGGUGGUCAAAUAACUGGAAAUCAAGGCAUGAUGCCUGGUUAUCCUAAUAAACAGGAAAAAUUUCAUGUGGGUCAUACAAAUGCUUUAAACGUUCAUUUCGUGGAAAAAAUUCCUGUAAUGGAAAAAAUUACAAAAAAAUCUCAAAAAG